AUGUGUAGAGUCGUCUCUUGGAUCUUCUCCAUCGUCGUCUUCGGCUCCAUCGUCAACGAGGGCUACGUCAACACAGACAAGUCCCCGGUGCUGCGAUGCAUCUACAACAGCCACGAGGGCGCCUGCAGCUACGGAGUUGCCGUCGGCAUCAUCGCGUUCUUGGCCUGCAGCUUCUUUCUGGUGGUUGACCUGCAUUUCCAGCAGAUCAGCAGUGUGAAAGACAGGAAGCGUGUGGUGCUUUUGGACCUCGGCUUCUCAGGCUUUUGGUCCUUCCUGUGGUUUGUGGCUUUCUGCUUCCUGGCCAACCAGUGGCAGCGGACACCACCCAGCCAGGGGGCAACACAAGGAGGUGACGCUGCCCGAGCGGCCAUAGCCUUUUCUUUCUUCUCCAUCAUCUCCUGGGUCGCCCUGACUGUUAAGGCCCUCCAGAGAUACCGAAUGGGAACUGAUAUGUCUCUCUUUGCCACGGAUCAGUUUCCCACUGACCCCAGUGCUGGCUACCCAACAGGCAGUGGAGUUGAGAGCACGGAAACCUAUCAGAGCCCGCCUUUCUCCGAGACCCUCGACACCAGUCCCAAAGGCUACCCGGUGCCGGCGUACUGA